AUGCUACGCGCUUGUGUACUAGAUUUUAAGGGAAGUUGGGAUUCCAAACUCCACCUGAUGGAAUUCUCGUAUAAACAGUUCCCAAGCAACUAUUGGAAUGGCAUCUUUGAGGCCCUGUAUGGGAAACGGUGUAGGUCCUCACUAUGUUCGGAUGAAGUAGGAGAGAGAGAAUUAGUAGGACCCGAGCUGGUUCGAUUCACCAAUGAGGCUGUCCAGAAAAUUCAAGCGAGGAUGCAUACCGCUCAAAGUAGACAGAAAAGCUACGCCGAUGUAAGGCGUAAAAGCCUGGAGUUUGAGAUAGGGGAACCAGUAUUCCUCAAGGUGGCAACUAUGAAAGCCCUCUCAGGAGUACAUGAUGUAUUUCACGUGUCGAUGUUGAGGAAGUACAUUACGGACCCUAUCCACGUAAUAGACUAUGAACCACUCCAACUCAAUGAAGAUCUGAGCUACGAGGAAAAACCAGUAAGAAUCUUAGCUAGAGAAGUAAAAACCUUACGCAACAGGAGCAUUGCGUUCGUUAAGGUACUGUGGCGGAAUCACCACAGUAAGGAAGCCACGUGGGAGCAUGAGGACUAA